AUGGAUUCAAAAUUGUGUAUCAGUGAUGACUUUUCCACAUCUAUUGAAGAGCAACAUUUUCGCCCUCUAGCUGCCUCCACGGCUGCACGACAAGACAGAAAUCCGGUGAAGCAGACAGUCAAAGGAGGGUCAUUUAUAGACGUGGAUAGUUCUGGCUUAUCUUCAGAUGCCUUAGAUCUUCCUCCCGAAGAGCAUCAGCUGCGAUUGUCUUUCAGUGCAUUUGAUCAAUCUCCAAAAAUCUCUCCAAGGGACAUAACUGGGAGUAGGUCAUUACAAUGUACUGCUAAGGUGCAAGAACCAUUUGAAUCAUGGAGUGGUAUGCAACAGUUUCCAGACGUGAAGAAAGAUGAUUUGACAAGCAGAAACUCAUCCCUUGGGCUGAUACAGGUGGAUGGCAUGAGUGAUUUGUCAUCCAGUGUGUUUACUUUGCACACCUCACCCCGAGAUGUAGUGGAGGGGGUCCCACCAAGUAAAAGUCAUGGUAACCAGAGUUCAUCUCAGAGAAGUCAUAGUGACAGCAGAAACAACUGGCUUCGUCCAGACAUAGACACUGUCAAAAAGAAGCCGUCCAUAGUGCCUGCUCCUGCACCUCAGGGGGAGGUACGGCAAUCUCUUGUGUUUAGUGAGGCCAUGCUAGGGACAGAUAAUGAUGCUGAUGUCACAAUUCCAGAGAUUCAGUUCAUGGAAGAUGAAUUGAAUCAGCUGGAUGCUGACUUUAGUUACUUUGAGGAAGUGGACGGCUCUAUCAGUGAUGAGGAAACACCAGGCAAAGUUAAGAAGGGUUCUAUUGUUGGUGAUGGAAAACUUGACACCAGAUAUUUACAACCUUCUUCACCUCCUCAUUCAGAAGGAGCAGAUGACAAGAUGGACCCUUUUCCUAGUCUGAGUAAAGUGACUUUGUUUGAGGAUGGAGGCAGUGCAGAAGAUCUGGUACCUGAAGCAGUAAGGAACCAAGAGAGGAUAAAGGAUUCAGUAAGGGCUGGUGACAGUGGCAGUGAGAUAGACACUGAAGAUGAAUUGGAAAUAGCAAGAAAGGCUAUUGGACAAGAGGAGAGGAAGCGGUCAUACACCAUGGGACAGAGUAUAGAACAAGAACAUGUGUCUAGUGAUACCAGGCCAGGUGUGGAAGGGGUGGAUGUUGGGGAAAGUAGGAAUGGACAAAAGCUGUCAAUAAUGAUGCGUCAGUCUGCUGAGGGAGAUGUGGUUACCUCCCCUGUCCCUGGGGAUGGCGGAGGAGGCGGGGAUGGAAGUAGCGGUUCUGACAGUGAAGACCAGUCUUUUUCCCGAAGGCGAUCCUCACAAGCACAGGAGUUCUUAGAACAAUUUCGACCAAGUUUCAGAUCACCUCAAAAUAAAGAUACAAACAGACAUGAUCUAGAGGAACAGAGAGUGAGGCCCAUGGGAGAUGAUUUGUUGACAGAGAAAGGCAUCAACCGUUACUCAUUAUACCAGGGAACAAGGCCCCCAACUGAUGAUGCCCUCCUUGAGUCUCGGUUUUUGGCAUCACAGCCAACCACUGACAUGACGACGAUGACUCCUUGGUCGGGACUUGAUAACAGCACUUUUGUUUUGGACGAACUCCUUCAGAGUCAGGCAGCCAAUACUGGUGGCAGCAAAAAUCAGGGGGAAAAGAGUCCAGAGGCAUCGCCAGGAGACCGGCUGGAGGCAUCAGGAUUCAAUGCUGAUGAUGCUAAGCAUGAUCAACCACAGGGAGAGUACCCAUUUGGGGGAUUGGCUUCCUCUUUUGGAUCAUUUGGUGGCAGUCCAGUUCCUGAUCGAGGAAAAGAAAGUACUGAGAGUUCUAUUUGGAAAGAAAUGCAUGCCAGCCCUUUGAGCCAGAGAAUUAGCAACAACAGCCGAGCCCCAGGCAGCCCGCUUGGACGGAUAAGUGGAGACAGUAUUCCAGAACAACCAGCUUUCGGGACAUAUGAUCUCCCAGUCUCGUCAGAAGGAGAACCUGCUGCAAGCAAGAAGACAGUUUACCAGGACGAAGAUGGUGAAUUUGUCACUGACUUAGCCUACCAAACCUCGUUUGUGAAUGAAGUGCAUCUCCAGAAAGACAAGCUGGCAACUCAAGGACUAGAUAUAGAGAAUCAGGCUGGCAUUACAUUCACUGAUCAAGACUUUUUUAAUUCAGAUGAAGGACAAAAUAUGCUUGAUGCUGAUGAACAAGAAUUUCAGAAAGAGAAUGUAUUCAUGCAGGAGGAAGUGUUCGCCCCCAGUAGUGUUCCUGCCUUGGAAGAGUCAUGGGCUGUUCACAGCAAAAUGUCUCUGUCUUGUCCCUCGUCCCUUCGUGGAUCAGAAGACUAUUCACGUAUCUCUGUGGGCACAUUCAUGAAGAGCAGAUCUGGUGCCCUGGGGUCAAUAGAUGGUGUUCCUGAACAAAGACCGGAGUUUGGUAUGGUCUGUAAGACACCCCCAGAAAAUAGAAAGCCGGUGGCUCUGCUGGACAUUGCUGCAAGUGGCUUGGAUGGGGAUGAAGGCUCCAUGAACCGCACAGCAGGAGUGGGCAAUGAAGAAGGAGAUGCCACUUUGAUUAACCAAUCAGAGAUGACAUUGGCAGACUUGGCUGCUUCUCAAAAAACUAACACUGGUGGCGACCCUGGCUGCACACAUGGUCAGCAGGACCUGUCAUCUGACCAGUCUGCCUCAGAAUCCUCAACUACUCUAAACAUCAGUGAGAUCAGUCGAGCUAUUGCAAAUAUGUCAAAGUCAGCCAAACCAGAAGAGCUUGCUAAGAUGAUAAUGUCCCUAUCUAGUAAGAGCAAAAGUCUUCCUUCAAAGACCAAUGUUACGGAGAAAAUGUCAGCUUCUUCUAUCAGAGAAGAGACUGAAGGCCAUUCCCUAAGUAAAGCAGAGGAAAAUGUUAUAAGGGACUCAAUGGAAAGGAAGGAAACUGAAGGAGAGGCCCAAAGAACUCCAAGGGACCAGCUAAACAAGAGCAGGUCAAGGCUACCGAUCAGAAAAGGUUCAAAUGUGGAUUCCAAGCGGCGGUCACAGUCUUCCUCUGACUCAUUUAGAGGAUCCUAUGAUGGUGAAGAGUGUAGAUGGGAUAAAGCUGAUGAUAAUGUUGGAUCAUCGCAAGAACAUACCAAUGAGUUUAGAAAGGUUAAAAACUUAAAAAAAUCCAAGCCAGAUGGAGAGGAAUCAGAGGACGAUUCUGUGUAUGUGAGAACCGAGAAGAAUGGUGUAGCAAUAAGAGACAGAGUGUCUGAUGUGAAUGAGGGAGUUGUGAGUCUGCCCUCAGAUUUCCAAGGAGAGAAGGACACCUGGCGCUCUCCACGUCUGAGUAUGGCACCCUCUAGCAGGAGGUCAGGCCCUCAGCAGGAGGCAAAUAUCCAUUCACCUAAAGACCUCUUUGGCAUCAAGCAAUUGUUCCCAGCACAGGAUGGAGAAUCCCUUCAGCAACCUCUUGUCACAGAGGGACCCCAGGUAUCAUCUAGAGACUCUGUACCAGUGAGAGGUAUGCAGUGUAGGGACAAGCAGCCAGCUGAUGGCCAGGCCUCUCAGAUGGAGCUCUACGUACAGACUUCACAAAUCAGUCCUGGUCAGAUUCCCUCCAGUGAACAAUCACAUACAGUAUCUUACCCUGGCAGCACAACUGGACCAGAACCAGAACUUUCUGUCAGUCUUGGGUUGGAGAAAAGUCCUAGAAGUACAAGUGUUGGACUGACAGGGCAUCACAUUCCUGAUGGAACAGAGUACAGCUUCCAAGCAGAUGUAGGAAAUAUCAGCAAUCGAGGUAGGUCUCGGGAAGAUUUGGUUGGCACAGCUGACAUCCAGCUUGCAGAUUCACGAGGAUUUGAUCUCAUUAACGAUAGAGAGCCAUAUAAAAACAGGCAAGUUGGUAAGCCAAAAUCCAGUCACCAUGACUUAGGCAUUUCUGAAGACAAGCUAGACAAGCAUGAGGUCCUCUCUGAGAAGAAAGGGAUAUCUUCAAGUGAUAUUAAUUUGAUACAGCAACAGAGUUACAGCUUUCAGAAAAAUAAUGCUAGUGAACAAGAUGAAUGUGUUGAUAUUCCUCCAGACAGUUUUACUCAGACCUCUGUUCCGGAUAUGGUAACCUCUUUAAGUCAUAGUAGAGAGCGGCUGCCUCUCCGAGACAGACUGAGUGAAAAUGAGAGACCAGGUUUAGGGGAUAGGCUGGCUCAUUCAGCUAAUGGAGAGGCUAAUGAGUUUGACAGAUGGGAUAUUAUAGCUAAUAAGCAAGCUCCUAUAGACACACAGUCGAAUAGUCUAGAAGUUCGAGAUAGUAACAGGACUGAAACAGAUAGUAAGCAAGGUACAUCAGUCACACAGCCAAGCAGCCGAGGAAUGAGUGAUAGUAACAGGACAGAUAUAGCUGAUAUACUCCCUUCAUCAGCCAUAAGGCCUAGUAGUGGAGGAGUGAGUGACAGCAAACGGACAGAUAUUGAUAGAUUGGCUGCACCAACACUACGGUCUAGUAGUCAAGGACUGAGCAGUCCUGUGAAGGACUUAGGUGAGUUAGAGUGGACAGGGAGGAUGACCAGCAGUCCUGAAUCUCGCAGAAACCAUUUGGACACCAUUGCAAUGCCUCCACCUCCUAUACCAAGUUUCAAGCAUGACCUGCUGUCUAGGAAACCAAUUGUGUCAGGAACUGAAAAACCAUUGUUGCUCACUUCCCAAUCUCUGUCCAGUACAAGUUUUGCCCGGGAGUACCUUCAACGGGACAUACCAGGACAUCUUAUAACAAAGCCGCAUGACUCCAGGAAUUUAAAGUUGCAUGGCGAACCAAGAGAGGUUCGUGUAUCUGAAAUACCACGGCCACACUUUGCUGGCCCAGACACUGAUGAUGUCUGCCAGCCUCAUCUUCACCAGCAGACACUUCAUGGUUUGAGUACCCUGGAUCAUGGCCCUGCAUAUCAGAGCACACCCUUCUCAAAAGGCAAUAACUCCACCCAGUUCAUGGCCAUAGAUGAUUUGAUUAUGACUCCAAGCAGUAUGCAUACGAUGAUGUCAACAGGCCCUCUGGAAGAUCCCACACCUAUCCGUCCCAUCGAUCACAAAUCCCUUCAAGUUUCCCGUAGACAUGAUGACACAAAUGUACCAUCAAAACCAGCAGCCUCCAAGAAGCUAAUGCCUGUUGAUGCUCCAUCUAUCCUGGAGUUUGGUAGUGUGUGUUGUGUAGGAAUCUCCAGCAAAGCUGUCCUGCCUAUGACCAACCCUACAAUGCGCUGGCUGGAAUGUCACCUUGAGGUUCACAAGCUCAGCCUGGAUGGUCAUACGGUGUCCUGUGAUGCCAACUUCCCGUUUGAAAUGAAAUCCAAAGUUAUCAUUGAGCCGCACAACACCGAGGACAUUUCAGUGAUAUUUAUUCCCAAGUUUCCAGGAGCCUAUAAAGCUCAGCUGAAUAUCUACUCACACUUGUUCCUGAGGGACAAGGAUGGUGAGGUGGACAGGGUCGCUACUUCUAUCACAAUUCUGGCAGAGGCAGAGAAACCACAGAUACAGGUUGUAGCCGAUGGUCAUCGACACUUAGACUUUGGUCACUUGUCCUGGGGAAGCACUAGUGAGAUGGCUCUGAGUAUAGUCAAUGAAGGAAAGGCCAUGGUCCCCAUCCGCCUUGCCAUCACUACUAACAAGAGGCCAUGGCAUUGCUUUGCCUUCGACCAGAAAAAUAGUGCUGCAGAUAUAUCUGUGAUAUCCCGGAGCAGUCGACCACAGUCUCAGGCGCUCGGAAAGACUGUCAUUACCAUGUGUCUUCCAGGCAAGAAAAAUGGUCAACCCAAUGAACCAAGAGAAAUACAUAUUUACUGUCGCCCUCCUGACAAACAGUGUGAUCGAGCAAUGGCCCAGCUCCCACCUGAUGAGAUGACAGCUCGUGUGGACGUAGAGGUUGACACCCCCUCUUCUCACCUGCCUGCUCUCUUCUCCAUCAAACUGACAGCUGUUGUAGGAGUCACUAAACUCCGCAUUGCGAGAAAUCUAGAUUGUGUCCAGUUGAUGGCUCCAGUUGGUAAACAUGCUAGUCAGAUUGUGACACUAAAGAAUGCUGGCAACAUUAACAUGGAGUUGAUGUUGCUUACUGCAGACUUUGAUAACGCCUUCAUUGUAACGCCAAAGAGGUUGGUUAUCCCACCUGGUGAAAAUGCUGAAGCCUGUGUCAAAUUUUUGCCAACAAAUGAGGCUAUUCCAGAAUUUCAAACUGUGUUGUUGAUGCGGAUACUACCUGAUGGUCCAGAUUACGAGGUUCCCGUGCUUGGUAAAUUGGUGAAGGAACAAAUUGCCAAAACACCUCCUCUCAUGUCUGACAAACAGUUUGUUUGUUAUGGUGGAGUGGCUGUAGGCCAGGCUGUCCAAAAGAAGGUUACAUUAUGGAAUAAGUCUGAGAUGUCUUGUCGAGUGAGGGUUGAGAUACGAGCAAACUCCUGGGACUUUCAGCUACAGGGUAGCUUUAACAGUGAUCAGAAGGAGAUGUCAACCCAUGCCCGCGAUGUGAUUAUCAAGCCCAUGGAGAAAUAUCCUAUACAUAUAGUGUUUGCUCCGUCAUCUGUCUGUGAAUCAACUGGCAAGCUGGUCCUCAAAUACUCCAUGUCGACUUUUAAAUACUCGAUUCCUCUGAGCGGUUAUGGUGGUACAAGCAAUGUAAUUGUGGAGGGAGCCAAAGUGUCAGAAAAGGAUCAUUAUUGGUUAGAGAUGGGGGAGAUGACUGUGGGUCAGCGAAUUGCAAAGAGGGUGACCCUCCGUAACAUUGGAAAUCGUGCAGCCUUUGUUCGGUCUGUGUGUUGUACAGAUCUUCGAUGUAAACAAGCCCUAGUUCCUGGUCGAGUCCUGGUGGAGCCAAACGAAUUUGUACUUGGUGUUCAGGCCACAAGGAGUGUGGUGAUUGUGUUGACCCCCACUCAUAGGGAGGGUGCCCUCUGUCUCGACCACAAAGACGUGGUGGGUGUUGUCUCCUUCCUUUAUGGGGAUGAAGUCAGUCGCCAGAAAAUGAGGGAAGCCAUUGAUCAGGGGAGACAGUGCAAACCUUUGAAGACCACUGAGGAUGUGCUGUUAAAAACAAUCAGCUUUUGUAAUCACUACCUUGAUGAGGAAUCUGUGGAGUAUAUGCCAGCAGAUCCUAAGAUAGGGAGUUCCCAAACUCAGGUUGAUUUGUUCUACUCGGGUAUACAACGUGUGAUGGUUUUGUUGGUUGGAGAACCCCAGAAGAGUGCAGUAGAAUCUAUGACAGUUACACCACCAAUAUACAGAAUGAGCAGGUCAGCUGAUGUUCAGGAGCCCAACUACAGUUCAACAUGUGUUGUGCCGGUCAAGGACACAGUACAGAAUAGAGAUUCUCUGUCCAUGCGUCACACCAUGCCAGUGAUUCCAGCACUGCCACUGUACAGUGAAACUGACCAAGAUGGCUGGACAUUACAGCCAGACCAGAUCAUUCUGAAUGUUCCUAACAAACGAGAUGAAAAACUUAAAAUCCAAAAAUUUGUUAUAAUAAACUUCCUGAACAGAAAAAUGACGUAUGAGCUGUGUUGGCCAGGACACUGGAUCAAGCUGACACCUGAGAAAGGCACAGUGGAGCCCAAGAGCAGCAGUACUGUUUGCCUGAGUCCAAAUGCUGCUGUGUUUCAGAGCUUUGAUCAGCUUCCCUGGAGUGGAACAAUACAUGUCAACUGUGACAACCAGUACAAGAUACUUCUUGUUCAGAUAAGAAAUGACCUUGUUCUGGAUGGAAGCACUUUAGUCAAUAACAACACCCUUGUUCCUCUGAGUAACACAUCUGCCACACCAUCCACAUCAUUGGUUAUUGGUGGGUCACAUGACAUGCCUACAGGAUUACAAACUUCUACAACAACCAUUACGUUCCCGCCUACAAAUGUAGGAGAACAAUCAGUGUCCUCUAUAGACUUAACCAACUACUCCAAGAACACCAUCAAGUGGAUACUCUCUUCCUUUGCUCCGCCAUACGUUAAGGGAGCAGACAACUCCAGAGAUGUUUUCAGGGCGACGUACAAGGUUUUUGAAUUUGCAGAGAAAUAUGGACAGGUUGCUGGCCGCAAAGAUGCUAAGCUUCAAGUACAUUUCAUACCGAGAUCAAAGGGUAUGUUUUCUCAACAUUGGGACAUUCAGUCUAGUGAACCUUCAGAGAAUUCCAAGAAGACACAAACAGUGAGAGUACAGUUGUGUGGAGAGGGUUUAGAAAAAGAAAAGAAUAGUUUACCAGGUACUGAAGACAUAGUGACUGAGGCCAUGCAAGACUCCAGCAGAGUCGCACCAACACAGAAAUAUCGUGGUAUUGGAGACACAACAAAGUCAACGGGAACUGUGGGUAAGAUGGUAACAUCUCCCAAGAAGGAAUCUAGGAACAAACCUGGAACCUCUCAUAGAUUUGACAAGGAGAUGAAACCUGUGGUACUGAAUGACAAGAGUACUGACAUCCACUUCCCUAGCUGUCGAGCCAAGGCCACCGUGGUGUGUAAGGUCCACCUUAAAAAUGAAUCAAAGACAAUGCAUACAGUGGAAAUUCAACAGCCUCCUUUACCAUUCAGGGUAAACCAUACUAACAUUACUAUACGUCCAAGAAGCUACUUGAGGUUACCUGUGGAAUUCUCUCCUCCAAGUGCAGGACACUAUGCAGAAAAUUUGAUACUUAAAGUGGAUGUAGGGUACAGUUUAACAAUACGAUUGGAGGGACACUCUACGUAGCAACAUCUGUGAUUGAUGUGGAAUAUGUGAUGUUAUUAUCUGUGAUACACUGGGGGUUAUUUUGUCUCAUCUUCAAGGGAGGAUCAUGUACUGACUGAAUGUAGAUCUAUGAUAUAGAACACUGCUUCCGUAAUUAAACAAGGAGUGACUGUAAGGAGUCUGGGACUGUUUUGAUGAAAAUCUGAGAAUCAGAUAAGGAGUGAUAUUAUGAGUAAAGACUGCCUUGAAUACAUCAGUGGAUAGUUGGGGUUCAGACAAUGAGUAUAAGAAUCAAGGAAUGUCCUGAUAUAUUAAUUGAUGGUAAAAAAAAUCAACAAGUAUCAUUUGAUAUGACUGCCCUGAUGUCAUUGGGUCAGCCUUAUGGUCCUGGAUAUGACUGCCCUGAUGUCAUUGGGUCAGCCUUAUGGUCCAGGACAUGACUGCCCUGAUGUCAUUGGGUCAGCCUUAUGGUCCUGGAUAUGACUGCCCUGAUGUCAUUGGGUCAGCCUUAUGGUCCUGGACAUGACUGCCCUGAUGUCAUUGGGUCAGCCUUAUGGUCCAGGAUAUGACUGCCCUGAUGUCAUUGGGUCAGCCUUAUGGUCCUGGACAUGACUGCCCUGAUGUCAUUGGGUCAGCCUUAUGGUCCUGGACAUGACUGCCCUGAUGUCAUUGGGUCAGCCUUAUGGUCCUGGACAUGACUGCCCUGAUGUCAUUGGGUCAGCCUUAUGGUCCUGGACAUGACUGCCCUGAUGUCAUUGGGUCAGCCUUAUGGUCCUGGAUAUGACUGCCCUGAUGUCAUUGGGUCAGCCUUAUGGUCCUGGAUAUGACUGCCCUGAUGUCAUUGGGUCAGACUUAUGGUCCUGGAUAUGACUGCCCUGAUGUCAUUGGAUCAGCCUUAUGGUCCAGGAUAUGACUGACUUGUGUCUGUUGUUCAGUCUCGUAGUCCUAGAUAUCAGAUAAAUUUUAGAGUCCCUCUUGUCGUUAAUAAUUCUGAAUGGCUCAAACUUGGACCGAUUGGUUUUUGUUGAACUUUAAGUUAUCGUCAUGAGAGAAGCAUGAAUACAGGAAACUUGAAGCCUUGGUGCCAAACUGUGCUGUAAGCUGUGAAUUAAUGUUCUUCCCUUUUAUUUUGUUAUAAGAAAGUCAUAUACAUGUACAUGUAUGUAGUUGAUCUGACUCAAUAUUAAUCUUAUCUCACCAGGUAAAGGUUGUGAGUGACUUG